GGUGCGGCUCCCGGUGCGCCCUCGGGAGCGCACGACCGAGCCCCGGGGCUGAGCCCUGCCCAUCCCAGCCUCACCACCGGCCCCGGGGCCGAGCUUUUCCCCGGCACCCACCCUCACCACCCCCACGGGCAGCAUGCCCCGCGGGCGAGCGUGGACGCAGGCGGAGGUCAGCAGCCUCCUGGCGCUGGUGGAGGGCUCGGGGGAGGCCGCCUUGCUCAUGGCCUCCACGUCGAGGCCCAACGAGGCACUGUGGCGGGAGAUCUCCCAAGGGCUGGCGGCGGCUGGCUACGGGCGCAGCGUGGCCCAGUGCCGCUCCAAGUGGAAGGCCCUCAAGCAGGCUUUCCACUCGGAGCGGGAGACGCGCCGGAGGGCCGGCUGCCACUCGCCCCGGCUGCCCCCGCACUACCAAGCCAUGAAGAGCAUCUGGAAGGCGGCCGGGAGGCCCGUCUUUGGCGAGCGGAGGAUGCCAGACCUGGUGAGACAGCCCUCCAGGAAGCGCAGGUCAGCCCUUGCCGCCCGCUCUCCGUCCUCACCAGGGCCACCAGGGCACGAUGAUGGCAAGGACGCCCCGGGUGUGCUGCUGUCCCCAUUGCUGCAGCGUGCGAAGGAUGAGCCAGACAGCCCAGCCGGUGGUGGGGAACACAUCGCUGGAGUGCUGCCCACUCCCCCUGCUGUGCCACGCUGUCACACCACCCUGAAGCAGGAGAGAGCUGAGCAAAAGGCUGCAGGUUUUCCUGGUGAGACGUCCCUGGGGAUAGGAAGAAGAAACCAAGUGCUGCCAGUGGCCACCGCAGCCCUGGGCUCCCCUGGGAUGGCUGCCAUGAGUGAGCAGCCGGCAACGAGUGAAGAGGCGUUGGACGCAAGCCUGCAUGGCUCAGGUGUGCCAGGCUUGCUCCAGAACGUCCAGCAGCUGCUGGUGCAGAUCCUACAGACGUCACGGCAGCAGCAGGCGCUGCUGGAGAGCCUGGCCAGUGAUACCGUCUCCCACCUUAACUUCCUCUCCCACAGCCUGGUGCAGGUGGGUGAGACCCUGCACCAGCUCCUGCUCCGGCCACAGACCUACUUCAGCCCCUUUGUCCACUACAGUCCCCACGUGCCCAUUUUUGAGGGUGGCCCUGGGGUGCCCUGUUCCGCCGGCUCUCCCCGCGCCUCCCCGGAUCACAAAGAGGAGCCUCAGGUGUCCCCUGCCUCUGGCUGCACCCCGUGAGUGCCACCACCCUCAGCCCCAGGGGCACCAGCUUCACUAUGCAGCCACAGCACAGAUCUUUAUAGCAGAGGCCCUGGAUAUUUUGGAAGUUUAUAGAAGAGAGACAUUUAAAUAAAAUUAAAAAUAGCUUUUUCUACCA